CUCUAGUUUGUCGGGGACCCAUGUGAAGAGAAUCCUUGUAUCCAUGGAAACUGCAGUGUCCACGGGGAUGGUUACUUGUGUAUCUGCAAAGAUGGGUUUACAGGGGUGAACUGUGGCUCUGUACUUCUGGACACCACAGAAACAACUAUCACCGAAAUGCCAGAAUUUCAGCAAACAACUUUAGAGCCCACAAUAGAAGCUCCUCAAUCCCCAGCUGUAAUGGCACUUCCAACAUGGAGACCACGUGUGGGACAAAAGGUGACAACUCUUCAGUGGGAUGAAGUACAGGUGAUUGCAGACGUUGCAUGUGGAAAUGCCAGUUCUAAUACCUCCUCAGGUGGGCGGCUGGUGACAUUUGAAGUUCCAGAGAACACGUCAGUGAAAAUCUCCCAGGAUGCUACUGCUUUGCUUAUUCUGCUAUGGAAAGUGACAGCUGUAGGCUUCAGCCAGUGUUCACUUAUAGACGGACGGAGUGUCACUCUACUGCAGGCUCCGGGAGGCCUUGUCUUUCCAGAAGAAAUGCUGUCUCUUGGAAACAAUCAUUUCAUUGGUUUUGUAAACGAUUCUGUGAGUAAGUGCAUUGUGGCCUUACGUCUCGUUGUGGUAGUUAAAGUCACUGACUGUGCACCAGAAGGCAGCAGCCCAGAAGCUCCACAGUGCUAUGGCAAGGGGGAAUGUGUCACCAGGAAGACUGAGGAGACUUAUUCCUGCCAUUGUGAAGAAGGUUACAUUGGCACCUACUGUGAGGAGUUUGAUGCCUGCCACAGUCACCCCUGUAUGAAUAAUGCCACAUGCAGUGACCUCCCGCAGAGGCAUGAUGGGAAAAAUGCAACCUGUUCUUGCUUGCCUGGUUACACAGGUGAAUUCUGUGAAUCUAUGGUGGAUCACUGCUACCCUCAGCCAUGCAGGAAUGGAGCUACAUGUGUGACCAGCCUCAGUGGCUUCAGCUGCCAGUGUCCUGAAGGCUUUGUGGGCUCAUUCUGUGAAGAGAAAGUAGAUCCAUGCUCUACAUCCCCUUGCCUCAAUAACGGGAGCUGUUUCUCCACUGGCCUGUCCUUCUCCUGUCGCUGUAGUCCGGGAUACACAGGUCCUACUUGCGCCCAACUAGUGGACUUUUGUGCUCUGAGCCCCUGUGCUCAUGGGAUCUGCCGCAGCAUUGGGACAAGUUACAAAUGUCUUUGCAUACCAGGAUACCAUGGUCUGUACUGUGAGGAGGAAUACAACGAGUGUCUGUCAGCCCCGUGUCAGAAUGGAGCAACUUGUAAAGAUUUGGUUAAUGAAUACCAGUGUGUAUGUCCACCUGAAUAUGAAGGACGUCACUGUGAGUUAUACAAGGAUCCCUGUUUGAAUGUAACCUGCCAAAAUGGAGGGACUUGUGACAGUGAAGGACUGAAUGCUACCUGUGUCUGUGCUUCUGGAUUUAUGGGGGAAGAGUGUGAGGUUGAUAUAAAUGAGUGUGACAGUAAUCCAUGUCAUCAUGGUGGUACCUGUGUAGACCAACCGAACGGAUAUAUUUGUCACUGUCCACAUGGCUGGGUUGGAGCCACCUGUGAGAUUCAUCUGCAGUGGAAAGCUGGACACAUGGCAGAAAGCCUGACAAACAUGCCCCGUCAUUCCCUCUACAUAAUCAUAGGAGCUCUGUGCGUUGCAUUUGUACUCAUGCUCAUCAUCUUGAUUGUGGGCAUCUGCAGAAUUAGUCGAAUUGAGUACCAGGGUUCCUCCCGGCCUGCCUAUGAAGAAUUCUACAACUGUAGGAGCAUCGACAGCGAGUUUAGCAGUGCUAUUGCAUCAAUUAGACAUGCACGGUUUGGCAAAAAGGCUCGGCCGGCGAUGUACGAGGCCACUCCGGUAACAUACGAAGAUUACAGCCCCGAUGACAAACCUCUUGUGACGCUGAUUAAGACCAAGGAUUUGUAG